AUGGAACUUCAAAGUCAGUUCUUGUGCCGGCUCUUCUGUGUCUUCGUCUUCAUCAUUUUAAGUGCAAAUGCAGCAGCCCCAGUGACAGCGGGUGGAUGGAAUGAGAUUCCGGACGUGAUCAACAACACUCACGUUCAAGAUUUAGGCAUGUUUGCAGUGCUGGCAUACAACAACUCCACCGCCUCCAGCCUGUUUUUCUAUGCGGUGUUUCAGGCUCAAGCGCAGAUUGCCGAAGGCCUGAAUGUUAGGAUGGUGAUUCAAGCACUUGAAAGUGAGCUGCCAAAGAUGUAUAAAGCUUAUGUGUGGGAGAAACCAUGGGAGAACUUCAAGAACCUUACCUUCUUUGAGCCUGUUCUGGUCUAA